AUGUUCUUAGCGUGUUUUGCGGUGGUGGGAGUGCACCGUCAGUGGUCCCAGCACACCGGAGGCGACGCCUUCGAAAGCAACCCUCCCGACCCCACUGGCCAGGGAGUUUUGUUUUUCGCUUACGGUUCGGAGACGAGCACGGCGGAACACUACUUGGAGCAGGUGCUCGUAUCAGCCCGGCGCAUCAAGUCGCUCAACCCAAGCACCAACAUCACGGUCGUCACGAAUCCAGGAAUCCGUCCGGAAGUGGAGGGAGUAUUCGACGUGGUCGUUCACGUGGAGGAGAAACACCUCUAUCGAGGAAAACAACAAUCCUGGGGGCCCAAGGGCCUCGCCAGGCAAUGGUUUACGCGCCUCGAGUAUAUUUCUCGCUCUCCUUAUGAGGUUACGCUGGCGUUAGACUCCCAGGCCCUUUGUUGUGGCACAAGCGUGGAGGACAUCCUCACGGAAGGCGGGGAGGAGUUCGACAUCGCUUUCGCUGUGCAGGGCCCCAGAAUGCUUGGGCCGCACAACUGGGCAAUUUUGUACCGGCUCAACGACAGGACUCGCCGCCUCUUUGAUCGCUGGAAAAGCCUGCAACUGGCAUAUGCCCGAUCUGGUUCGGAUCAGUUGACGCUCCACAUGGCGGCGGGGUCCCUGGCUCUCAAAGGCGAGCUCAACGUUGGCGUUCUUGCACAGAACGCAGCACUCGCGACCGUGAUCUACAACCGCACAGUCGCGGAAUUUCCGAAGACCUCCACCCUCGUCGACCCACGGCCGGUUCAUUUCGUCCACUACGACGCACAGUCUCAUGAAGACGCCGAAGCGUAA